UUUAAGAGGUUAUUGGAAGCGUGAGAGUGUAAAAAUUAAUUAUUAUUUAAUAUUUAGUCUAAUAAUAAAUAAUUAUUUUUAUCAUAAGUAAAUAAAUAAAUAAUAAUUAUAAAUAAUGUCUGAUAAUGAUAGUGAAGAUUUUUUAUUACAAAAACACAAGAAAGAACGUAAAGAAUUACAAGCACAAAUUCAAGUAUUAAAAAAAUCAGUUUGUAAAGGCGACAAGAAAAAAAAACGUGAGACAACAGAACGUAUUGCACAAUUAGAAUCAGAUCUAGACAGACGUCAUGAUGAAGAAUUAAAUAACUACAAAUUAUCACAAAUAACUUUGACUGGUUUACCGACAAAGGAAACAAUAAUACUGCCAACUGAUGACGACACAAACGUCAACGACAAUGAUAAUGACGACAACAAAGCAGAAACGAACCCGCAAAAAAUAUCAAAGGCACAAAAACGUCGUGACAAGAAAGCCCUGGCGGAGCGGGAACGGAAUCAGCGAAUCAUCGAAGCGGAAGCGCUCAAUGUCUUUGGGAAACGGAACCUUGAGAUCCAGACGAUCAAAAAAAUUCUUGUGGAACGAGACCUGAUGAUCUAUGAGAUACCCAGUGAUGGGCAUUGUCUGUACAACGCGGUGUCGCAUCAGCUGAAGGUCAUCGGGUCGCCCAUGAGACUGGAAGACCUGAGACAGAAAACUGCCGAGUACUUGCGCGGGAACGUCAAUGACUUCCUGCCCUUCCUGACAAAUCCGGACUCGGACGACGCUCUGACGGAGGAACAGUACCAGCAGUACUGCGACAACGUCGAGUCGACGAGUGCCUGGGGAGGCGCCAUCGAGCUGCAAGUGCUCUCACGAAUUCUCAGCUGCCCUAUCGAAGUCGUCCAGGCUACUGGGAGUCCUUAUAUUGUUGGAGAUGAGUUUGAAAGCUGUAAGAAAAUAACUUUGACUUACCAUCGGCACAUGUAUGAACUCGGCGCUCACUACAAUUCUGUUACCAAGUUUGUUAAAGAUGACAAUGAGGACAGUUGAUUUUACUUUUAAUUACUGCGUUAUUUAUUUUUAAUUUUGUCAGUUCAAUUUUCUCUGACAUUUGUCAGCUCGACACUGAAAUUAGCCGACUAGUUUUUGGAUUUUUUUAAAAACGAUAAAUUAUUCAAAAA